GCUUUAUAAUAUUUGUUCCCUGCAGUGUUUUUCAUCUGGUUGCAGCAAAGGGAAGAACACAAGACUACUGCAGAGAUUGACAGCUAGUUUGGACAGAGACUCCAUAUUUCACAUUUCUGUCCAGUAAAUACUUGAGUAUUUACCAAGUUCCCAGACAGGAAUCAGCGAAACAGCUCUUUGCAAUAACAAUGGAUGAAGAGAGUCUGGAAGCAGCAAUUCAAACCUAUAAAGCCCAGUUACAACAAGUAGAGCUGGCUUUAGGGGCAGGGCUGGAUCCAUCACAGCAAUCUGACUUGAUCCAAUUGCAGGAAGAUUUGAAGCAAUUGAUAGAACUGACUGAAUCCAGCCUGGUGUCGGUGAAAAAGAGCAAACUGCUGGCCAAUUUAGACACCGAUGGACCCUCCAUUUCUCCAGCAGGUUCCGUAAAACAGGACAGUAAUUCUGGCAGGUCCUGCAAUGAUGAUGAGUAUGAUGCUUUUAAGGAAGCUAUUGCUGAACUUGGUGGUGAGGACAAGCAGUUGUGUACUAAAGACAUGGCCUCUCCAGAACAAGAUGGAGAGGAUGAUGGGGGAAAUGAAUUGAAGUACAGUGACGAGGAGGAAGCGUCUGAGGAAGAGGAAGAGGAAGUGAGUGGGAUGAAGGUUAAAGCCCCAUACUACAGUCCUUGGGGUACCCUGGAGUACCAUAAUGCCAUGAUUGUGGGGACAGAGUGUUUGGAAGAUGGCAGUGCAGGAGUCAGAGUGCUGUAUCUCUACCCAACCCACAAGUCCUUGAAGCCAUGUCCAUUCUUCUUGGAUGGCAAAUGCAGAUUUAAAGAGAAUUGUCGGUUUUCCCAUGGGCAGGUGGUAUCUGUGGAUGAGCUUCAUCCAUUUCAGGAGCCCAAUCUCAGCUCCCUUGAAGUGGGCUCAGCCUGCUUGGCGAAGCACAGUGAUGGAAUAUGGUACGGUGCUAAAAUCACUGAUAUUGACAGUGGUUACUACACAGUGAAGUUUAACUCACUGCUGCUGAAGGAGGCUGUUGUGGAGGGAGAUGGCAUCAUGCCACCACUGCGAAGCGAGGAGGACUCUUCCUCUCCUGAGUCUGAGGAAGACAACAUAGAUGACUCUGGCUAUGCUAAAGUGAUCGAUUCCGCGCCCUCGGAGAACGGGGAAGGGGCGCCAGCUUGCAGUUCCGCGUUUGGUGGCUGGGAGGCCCAUACUCGUGGCAUCGGCUCCAAGCUACUCGCUCAAAUGGGAUAUGAGUUUGGAAAAGGUUUGGGGAAGAACGCCGAGGGCCGCGUGGAGCCAGUGCAAGCCAUAGUGCUGCCUAAAGGGAAGUCCCUUGACCAAUGUGCUGAGAUCCUUCAGAAGAAGAAGCUGGAUCCUACUAAAUCAAGGAAACGCCGAGUGAAGGCAAACCACGUUGGCCGUCGCUCUGCAGGGACCCGCAAGCCCCCCCGCAGCGUCUUUGACUUUCUCAAUGAGAAACUUCAGGGGAAUGGCUCUGGGGAGCAGGCUGGAGGGGCGGCACCAGUGGAGAGAAACAACAAGGAGAUCUACCACGCCAGUAAGAGCACCAAGAAGGCCCUCAGCGUCCGCCUCUUCCAGACCAUGGAGAAGAUCGACCAAAUGCAGAAGACCAUCAGGGGAAUCCAGGAAGCCCUGGCACGCAAUGUUGGACGGCACAGCAUUGCCACGGCCCAGCUGGAAGAGAAACUGGCUGGUGCCCACAGGCAGCUGGGGCAGCUGCGGGCCCAGGAAGCUAGCCUGCAGCAGGAGCAGAAGAAAGCAGACACACACAAGAAAAUGACUGAGUUCUAGUCUCCGAGGAAAGCUGCGAUGUGAUGUACUAGUUCUCAUUAUGACUGAGCUGGGACUCAGUGUGUUGGAGCCUGGAUGAACUGUUGCCAUCUCCUCUGGGUCUUGGCCAACCCAGCUCUGAAACUAGGGUGAAAGCAGCAGUUGUCUGAAAACCAGAAGCUCUCUGAGCUGAGAUUUUCCGGAUGGUGGGGGGAGGAAAGAGCAAAGUACAUCCUAAGUCCUGAAGGUGUUCAAAAGGCCCAAGCUGCUUAUGCUGGCCUGCUGUAAAGCCCCUGCACUUUGCUUUUGUUCCCUUUCCCCGGUUUUCACUGUGGUAGUUCUCUCCAUCCAGAGAGUCUAUAGCCAUCCACGUGAUACCUUGGUUGUCCACGGAUCAGCUGGUGGGAGGAGCCAUGGAAGCCCCACAUCCUGCCAUUCUGCCUCAGUGGGUUGCGUCUGUGUGUGUGUAUCCACUGCAAAAGUAUUGCUGGGUGGGGAACAGCUGUCCUGACUUAGUACAAACGGUUUGCAUCUCCCUGUGAAGUCAGCCUACCUGCUGACAGUGGCAACCUGCAAUGCUGCACCAUUCCGUCUCACGGCACUGAGCGCCAGAGUUAGGGGAAUGUGGCAGCCACCGAAACAGCGGGGCUCAUCACAGGUCAGCUACAUACCUGCAGGCCAGGAGCAGUUCUACAGGCAGCCUUUUGCUUUCACUCUGACUGCUUUGAGUCCUAGUCUAGAUAGCUACAUGAACAAGUAAGUUCUUUUCAUGAAACACCACAGAAGUACCUAAAACAACACAAGGUCCAGGCGUGCCCACCACACACAUGAAAGAGCUAAUACAAUCCUGGAGCUAGGAGCAGACUUUCCUACCCUACAAUGGGUACAGACAGGCAGCAGAAAAUCUCCUAGACAGUUUCUGCCUAGGUGGUGUCCAGCUCUUGCUGUAGAAGAGGUGUUGAUCCUGUUGGGCAUUCUGUAUCAGGCAGUGGCCUGUCAUUGUGGUAUUUUCCUGUGCACCUUUGUUUUCUGAUUCUGUAAUUUUUGCAGGUGUCUUGAGAACUUUUUUGUAAGUAAAAGAUGUCUGACCCCUUUUA